GACCACCCAGCCUUCUGGGCCCUCCCCCCAUGGCCAAUGGAAAACCUGGUGACCCCAAGUCAGUUCUUCACAGAGGUCUUCCAGGAUCCAGGGGACCGAUGAUCCCACCGCUGCUGAGCCUACCCCCUCCUCCCAGGGGAAGAGGCCCAUUUCGGGGAGGCCUUGGCCCCAGGACAAGUCCAUAUGGUCGUGGUUGGUGGGGGGUGAACGCUGAACCUCCCUUCCCGGGGCCAGGCCUCGGGGGUCCCCCUAGGGAGCGCUUUCACAAAGAGCAGAGAAACCCGAGAAGGCUCAAAAGCUGGUCUCUGGUCAAGAACACCUGCCCACCUAAGGAUGGCCCCCAGGUUGUGGAAGACAAAUCCAACCGCCCUGUGUGUCGACACUUUUCCAAAAAGGGUCACUGUCGAUACGAGGAUCUCUGUGCCUUCUACCACCCAGGCGACAACGGGCCGCCCCUGUGAGACUGUGCCUUCCCUUCUGGGCAGGUCGGGCCUCCCUGUGGCCCUGUGCUGGCAAUGGUGAGGCUCUUCUCCCCUACUCGCCGCCCGCAGCCGGGGUCCGGAGCUGUGCUUGGUCCCUGGUGCACAGUGUGUACCUCUUCUGGCUGAGCCUCCCAGGACUCGCCUUGGGGACCCCCAUGUGUCCCCUUCGACUGCCCCCCGGCUCCUCCCCUCCACCAGAUGACUGCUGACAGGAAACCUCUGGUGCUGUUUCUUGCACAUCUGUCCACGAUCGCCCUCCAUUCCCAAGAGCCUGGAGCGGUUUCCUCCGUCCAGCCGUUUGUCUGGAGACCUCUUCCUGAGACACCAGGGUUUCCAGCGCUGGGGGAGCUCCUGGUCUGUCUGCCCCUGGUCUGUCUGCCCCGGGGUCUGCGUGCUGGCUGGUACAGGGCCGCCCCUGCUUCUGAAGUAGUUUCUCCACCGGUAGCAUGAUCCCCACCGCUAUGGUCUGUGAUCACUGUGCUUUGUGAAACUGUGCGUCCCCUCGUACCCUCUCGGUGUUCGUGACUUCCCAACACUAGAGUAAGUUUUCUGCCAAAGUGGGGGAGGCUCCCCGUGCCUCUAGACCGACCGCCUCUGCCCGCCUCCCCUGUCCCCACCCUCCUGGCGUCGCUUUUCCCAGGUCUGAGACAGGCCCGUGAUCUCCUAGAGGCAGGCCCUGGCCAGGCCUCCCCGUCCGCACCUGUCCAGCUGCUGCGGUCAGUCGGUCAGCGUGAGGCUACCCGAUGUUGAUGUGAAUCUGUGACCCCGCCGGGCCUGUCUCCCGGGGGACACUGGACGGUGUUGUCGCCCUCUGCAGACCCUCCUUCCUCACCCCUGGGCUGGGUGUUUUCUGUGAAAACGGCAGGGAAUGGGUUCGGUUCCAAGCUGGCCCUGACGAAGUGGGUCAGGAGUUGUGUGGGCCAGAGGGGGGAAGGAGAGCCAUUGGAGAACUGAGAAUGAGUUUUUUUCUUUUUAACAUUUUUUUACAUUAGUAAUAAACACAGUGGAAACCAGUGUUUUCUUUAA